CCGAAUUCUCCCCCCUUCCCGCCCACCCAACGCUCCUCCGCCCCCAUGGCCUCGCCGGCGAAGCGCCCGAAGCACUCGUCGCCGGGGAAGCACCAGGAGAUGCCGCCGCCCCCGGAGGAAGGCCCCGCGGAGGAUCCCCGCGUGCUCCUCCGCCGCCGCUGGGAGUUCGCCUCCGUUCUCCACUUCCUCCAGGUCUUCGAGCCGGUGAUCGAGGCGAACCUGGGGCUCUCGGCCGACGAGAUCGAGACGGCGCUCAUCACCAACAACGAGGACCUCGCUCGCAUCCACAUUGCCCUUUUGAAGGGAAUACCACCAGUUAACAAAAAACUCAAACUCAAUGUUGAUGAUGGAUGGGUGAUAGCAACUGCCAAGAAACUAUCCGACUGGUGGUCAUGGGUCGCUGAAGGGGCAAACCCGUUCGAAAAAAAUCGUGGUAAGGAAGUUGAGACGUUUAAGGAGCAGGAUCCAGUGAACCGUUUAUUUAUACUCAAAGCGCUUUGUGAAGUUCGCUUAGAGCAAAAUGAUGCAGUAUGCUACAUAACUGAUGAAAUGAAGAAAGGAGUUAGUAUUGGCAACUUUAGGAAAGAUAAGUUAGGGAGUGCUAGUGAUGGAGCUAUAUACUGGUAUGUUGGGGACUCAACUAUUGGACAUAGAUUAUACAAAGAAGAUGUAUUGGUUGGUUUUAAGAAUAACUGGAAGGGGAAGGAUGGCCGUUUGACAAAACCAGUUACCAAUAUUCAGUGGGAAACAGUUGCAACUAACCUUAAUGAGUUUCUUGAGAUAUCAGAGAAGUUAUGCAGCAAAGGUCGAUCUGAAGCUACCAUUGGGGAGCAUCUUAAGGAAAAUAUUGUUCCAGCUGUGGAGAAGUUCCAGAAGAAGAAAGAGAGGGACUUGAAACGUCGGCAGCAGAAGAAUGAGCGUUUGGAGCGUUUAGCUUUUGCUAAUGUUUUCCAAACCCGUUCAUUGCGCGAACGUAAAGCUGUCAGCUACGAUUACUCUGAUUAUGAUCGUCGCAUAAACGAGGCAAUAAAAGCUACAGCGAAAGGAAAGGAAGCUGAUUCACGCAAGGAGGCGGCGAAAAAGGAAAAGCAAGUUCCUCAUCAGGCAGACAACAAAACUGAUAUAGGUGCUGACAUCGAGCAUAAUGAAGACAGAGAACAGGAGGAUGGCAAGGAGGACCUAGACGAUCUUAGUUCUGGCGACGAUGAAGUCUCAGACUAUGAUGACAAGGAUGACGGCUCCUCCAGCAGCGAUGGAGACACUGAUGCUUCUGACUCCCACGAGAGCAACUCGGAUGAGGAGGUUAUUGUACCACGCAAGAGGACCCGCCUUGCUGCCCGGGCUCUUGCUAGCAAGCAGUUUCGACCAGGGGUUCGUCGGAGUCGAAGAAACAUGAAAGGUUCUGAUGAAGAGAUGGUGCACCCAGGGGAGGUGACUCCUGAAGCUAUGACAAAGAAAACAACGAGGCAAAGACCGACGCCCAUCUCCAAGCAGUUCUCUAUGUCAGGCUCUGAAGAUGGCUCUGAAGAAGAUCAUCAUUCAGAGUCAGCUGCAGAUUCCGAGGAGGAACCUGAAGAUGGCUCCAAAGAUGAUCAUCAUUCAGAGUCGGCUGCAGAUUCUGAGGAGGAACCUGAAGAUGGCUCCAAAGAUGAUCAUCAUUCAGAGUCAGCUGCAGAUUCCGAGGAGGAACCUGAAGAUGGCUCCAAAGAUGAUCAUAAUUCAGAGUCAGCUGCGGAUUCUGAGGAGGAACCUGAAGAUGGCUCCAAAGAUGAUCAUCAUUCAGAGUCAGCUGCAGAUUCUGAGGAGGAAUCUGACUCUGAGUCGUCUUAGAGAUGAGUGUCUGUGCAUCUCUUUUGCAUUUUGUGCUAUGGAUGGAAGGAAGUCGGCGAGUUCGAUAGGUUUAGGGCCCUCGCCGGCUUCCACUUAUACCAGCUCAGGGUAGUGGGAGUCAGACAGACAAUACCCGAGUUUUAUCUUCUCUUUUCUUGGCGAAGAAUUGCCUGUUUGUCUUCAGAGUCGUGGGAAAUACCUGUGUAUGCUUUGUUGUUGUAAUUGUACAUACUUGUCGUGUUGCCCGACGGUUCACUUAAGUUAUGUUUUAUGAAACUUUAAA